CGCCUCCAUGAAACCCGUCGAGACAUCCAUCCCACUCAUCAACACAAUCCUCACAACUGUUCCCACGGCCAAUUCCUUACGGCCAGCGAAUAACUCUACGGCUGAGGCCCUCUCACUACCACUACUUUCCGACAGUUCUUUCCGCUUCGCCCGCCACUACCGAGACUCUUCAUGACGUCCGCCACUACCGCGACCAAGCAACCACUCUUCCCGUAAAGGGGCACACGUGCGAUCGAUCGAUCGAUAUAUCUGGGAUACAAACCCUGCCAUGGACGUUGGUAUCUCAGGGUCCCGCGGCGCCGUCAGGCCGUCAACGGCCCCUGAUGGAGACUCGGGCCCGGCACCCCUCGAUGCUGCGAGUCCCAUUUGCAGAAUUUGUCGAGGCGAAGGCACUGCAGCUGAACCGCUCUUCUAUCCUUGCAAAUGCAGCGGCAGUAUCAAGUUUGUACAUCAGGACUGUCUGAUGGAAUGGCUGUCACACUCGCAGAAAAAGUACUGUGAGCUCUGCAAGACGUCCUUUCGCUUCACCAAGCUCUAUUCUCCUGACAUGCCCACUACCUUGCCAUGGCGUGUCUUUGUCCAACACAUGUCAAAGCAUUUGUUCUGGAAUAUGGUUACCUGGCUACGUGCCAUCUUGACCAUUAGUAUAUGGGUUGGCUGGUUACCUUACUUCAUGCGCGGCGUUUGGUCCUUCAUGUUUUGGUCUGCGUCGCUCGCCCUGAAAAUAGGCAAGGCUCCGAUUUGCCUUGCCAAUCCGCUAGUUCCAGAAACUUGCACCAGAGUGCAGGACGUGGAACGGGCCAUGUCGGUUCUCAGUGGCCAAAACUUUCCGCCACACUUUGUCAAUCUGCUACUUGGCUCCAUUUCGAGACCAGCAUCGGCUGGAACCUUACAAUCAUCAUCUGGUUGGUACUCCAUGACGGGCAUGGAUGCAGAUGAUGGCGUUGGUAGCGUGCUGAGCGACGUUCGUUUCUUGCGCAACCUCACCCGCAGCCCCGCCCUAAACCGCCUGAUUAUAUCCAUUAUUGAGGGCCAAAUUAUCACCAUUUUGGUCAUAAUAUGCUUCAUUCUUGUCAUAUUGGUCCGAGACUAUGUUAUCCAGCAGCAACCUGAAAUAAACGGACGGGCUGCAGCAGCAGCAGAGGCAGAGCCUCAAAACGACGCUGAGCAGCUUCCAGAGUUUGACAACGGAUUAGCACAAGAUCCACUUCAACACUUCGCAAACCCUGUACCGGCUGCCCAUCAGGAUGUGGAGGAAAGACCAGCUUCUGCGAACGUAGGUGAGUUUGCAGACGACUUCCCACAGCUGGAUAUGGCACUGAUGACGGCGCAAACUAAUGAUGAGCGCCGUGUCUUGCGAUGGAAUGAUGGACACGAAACUCUUGAUGAAUAUAUGGAGAUAUGGAAUCGUGCAGACAGAAACCCACAGCGAGUCUUGGAUCUCAUUUACGCUGAGGGCGACGAAGAACGGCUCGCUCCGUGGGUCGAGAUCACCAGAUUUAUGUUGGGAGCACCACAACUCGAAUCAGACAUUCGCACUGCAUCAGCUCCCAAUGUUGAUGUCAAUGCUGCAGACGAAUUAUUUCCGCAUGACGAAGCCGUAGAAACUCACGAAACUGAACAACAAUUGAACGAUUACGAACAACCUGACACCAGCGCGCUACAGACUACAUCGACGCAUUUUGAGGCGCAGGAACGCCCAUCUUAUUUAGCAAACAGGCCUGGCUCAGAGUUUCAGUCACUCUAUCAACAGCCAGAAGCUACAUCUCAGGUAGAUUCCAGAGACACCACAGAUCAUCGAUGGAUGCGGCCCCGCGCAGCCUCUGAUGGGCCUACUGGUCAAUCCUCCAUCAACCCACUCGCCAGUAACUCUUGGAGUUUUGCCGACCUACCUGAUGAACCGAAUAACGGUUUUGACCCGCCUACCCAACUGAACAACGCGGGUACAGAACGAUCAUAUCCCGUCCAAACAGCCCUUCAGCGUGAUCCGUCGGCCUCGAGCAGCAUUAGCCAUGUUUACGCCUCGGGGCUACCCGAACUCGAUUCGCCCGCAUCGGAGCUGGAAACUCACAAUGAAAAAUCUAAUAAUUCUCUCCUGACAAGUGCCAAUGACCCAGCUAUCCCAACUGAUGCCGCCACAUCUCUCAAUGGCCCCUCCAACUUUGACUUCGCUGCUCCCUUGGACAUCCCAGGAGACCUGGAGCUGGAGCCUGAGACUAGCGAUGAUCUUGCUUCCCCUAUAGAAGAGCUCCCUGAUGGUCGUCAAAAUCCCGAAGCCAAUGGAAUUUUAGAAACAAUUGCUGACUUCAUGUGGGGGGAUGCCACUGAAGCGGAUGACUUCAAUGCGGAGGCUAUGCAGGCAAUGGUUGCCGAGCUGGACGAGCCGUGGGAGGACUUACCGAUUGCAGGAGGUGAAGGCGACGUUGCCAAUGCUGCAGAUGAGCAAGAAGCCGCCCAAGAUGGUGUAGCAGAUGCCUUUGACCAAGACGCCAUCGACGAGAUGGAGGAUUUCGAAGGGGUCAUGGAACUCAUUGGUAUGCGCGGUCCCAUCGCCGGCCUCUUUCAAAAUGCCGUAUUUUGUGCGGUGCUCGUCUCCGUGUCCAUAUUUGCCUGCAUCUUCGUCCCGUACAAUGUUGGUCGUGUGGCGCUUUGGACUGUUGCCAACCCAGCUCGAGUUAUACGAGUCCUCAUUGAAAUCUCGAAAGUCAUACAAGACACUGUUAUUGCCUGUUUUGCACUCAGUUCUUGGGUUGGUGUCAACCUGGUUGAACUGGCCUUCCUCCUUGUCCGAUUUGCCAUGCCAAACAACCUUGUGGCUGUCCGAAAGUCCCUUUGGGCUCUGUGGAGGAGUGCUGCAGUUCGGGUGGCGUCGAGUGCCUUCUUCGACGUCCCUACAUCAGCAACUGAGAUUCAAAACUUUUCGGCCAUAAGUCACGAGGCUUUGUUUACUGUCAGAGCAAUGAUCAAAAGCAAUAUCUCGGGUUUUCUCAAUGCUCUCGGCACGGUGUAUUCGGAAUAUAUCCGACACCCCGGCCUGCAUACCAUUACUGCUGUACCCGUAUUGGUAAAGCGAGCGUUUGAAACGUGUGUGUGGCUCGCAAAGUGGCCAUUGACUCCUGAGCUCUGGCUUGCUGACCUUCGCGAGACCGAUAAUCACGCUCUUCUCAACCCUGAAUUGACCAAUUGGUCUGCCGGAGAUCGAUUUUGGGCUAUUGCGGCAGGCUAUCUUGCACUCUUUGCACUCGGUGCCAUGUAUCUCAACCGGGAAGCAAACGCCGCGCGUAAUGCUCGUGGCUGGGAAGCUGGCAUAAUUGACAGCCUGACCCAAGCCAGCGGCAUCAUGAAGGUCAUUUUGGUCAUCAGCAUCGAAAUGCUACUGUUCCCAUUGUACUGCGGCAUUCUUCUCGAUGUUGCUCUGCUUCCGCUCUUUGGAGGCGCAACCCUUGGAUCACGGGCAGCCUUUGCCAUGAACUACCCUCUCACAUCCGCUUUUGUCCAUUGGUUCGUUGGCACCGGUUACAUGUUCCAUUUCGCGCUUUUCGUGUCCAUGUGCCGCAAGAUCAUGCGACCGGGAGUUUUGUACUUUAUUCGCGAUCCUGACGAUCCUGAAUUCCACCCAGUCCGUGAGGUGCUAGAAAAGAAGCUUACUACUCAGCUACGAAAGAUCCUGUACUCUGCAUUCAUCUAUGGCGCUCUGGUCAUCAUCUGCCUAGGCGGUGUAGUCUGGAGCUUGCAUCUUGCUCUGCCAGCAGUUUUGCCGAUUCAUUAUUCGUCCAACGAGCCUGUGCUGGAGUUUCCCGUGGAUUUACUCUUCUACAACUUCCUUAUGCCACUCGCUGUCAAAUUCUUCAAACCAAGCGAUGCCAUUCACGUCAUGUACACGUGGUGCUUCCGAAAAUGUGCUCGCUACCUGCGACUCACCUACUUUAUAUUCGGCGAACGCAAGAUUGACGAAGAGGGUGUUCUUCAUCUAUCGGAGGACUCGGAACACCAGCAAACCUUAUAUACUCGAUUCUUCUUGGAGCUUGACGAGCGAAAUCAAGUCGUGCCUAAAACCUGGAGCGAUCUCUUUGAACGAUACGACAGCAAGCCGAACCCACCUCUGUCGAAGACUGAGCGCAAGACAUUGAAGCUUCGUAAAGCACACCUAGUCAACACCGGGCAGCUUGUCAAGGACGGUUACUUUGUCAGAGCCCCAGCAUCUGAUCGAAUCAAGAUUGCCAAGGGCCUCAAGAUCUUCCUACCCGUGUCUGAAAGCAACAAGCGCAAGGACGAAGUUGCCGAAGAGGACAUGUACGAAUCAGACCAAUUCCAAUUCGUCUACAUCCCUCCCAACUUUAGGACUAGAAUCUUUUCCUUCAUCUUGUUCAUCUGGCUCUUUGCCGCUGUGACUGGUGUCAGCUUUACGGUUAUGCCACUUGUCCUUGGCCGCGUUGUUUUCAAGAUGGUCAUUCCGGAUCAUGUCCGCACCAACGACAUUUACGCCUUUAGCAUCGGAAUCUACAUACUAGGCUCCAUCACAUAUCUGGGUCUCCGUUUCACUGAUGUCGUGAACAAGCUACAAGGCUGGCUGCAAGCCGCUCGAGAUGAAAUGAUGGGCGAUGGCGCCCUGGGGCGUUGUGCUCGCAAGAUUCAAUACGGUGCUGGACUCGUCUACACAUACUUCUUUCUUCUCGUCGUCUUUCCGCUGGUCAUGUCCAUGUUCUUGGAAGCAUACGUGUUACUCCCGGUCAACACCUAUUUGAACCCACCAACGGAGCAAAUCUUGCAAGCCAGCUCUGGCGCAGGUAACCAGAAUGGCCAACAUAGCAUCCACAUUACGCAGGCAUGGGUUCUAGGCUUGCUGCAUCUGAAGCUGGCGACAACUCUGGUAACCUCGCUCUUCCCAGGCACGCGCUUUGCCGUCGCCGUUCGUCGAGUUAUGCGUCGCGGCUGGCUCGAGCCUGAUGUCUCACUCUUCUCCCGAGCCUUUGUACUGGGCGGUAUCCUCUUGUCCAUCGUUGCUCUGGUAGUGCCACCAUUGGCGGCAAAUGUAUUGAUGAAGUGGAACGCUUUUGGACUUGGACAUCCAGUGGGCAUGUCCCAAAUAGAAGCUCAGAUUCACUCCAUCAUUGUCCACCGAUACUCAUAUCCUACGGCGGCCAUGUUGGCGGUGGCUCUGAAGUACGCACUCUCACUAACCCGUGUGGUAGACGGGUGGACUCUUGGUAUACGAGACGAGGCAUAUCUCAUUGGAGAGCGACUACAUAAUUUUGGAGCCGCAACUGCCGGAGCAAAGAAGGGUGCCGGGGCCUGGAAGGCUAGUGGACAGCGACUGGGUUAGCACGGAGACGGCGAGAUUGGUGUAUCGAAGCACGUGUACAGUACUUUACCAUUGCCAAAUAGACUAUCGGCAAUAGAACAGAACAUAAAUUCCAACUUUUUUACAGGAAAUGACCGCAUCUUGUCAUCACCCUGGAUUGCUCAGGCAGGGGGUUGGCUUCCGUUGGCGUUGACCCUGACGUUGAUGGCCAUUUCGUUACCCGGGACACCGCCAGGGGCUACCCUGCAAAGCGAUUUGGUAUUUGUGGUUGGUGUAUUGCGGUACAUGUUUGCCUGUAAAAUAGCACACAGUAUUUUAGGUCAUUAACGUUUUAUUUAAAUGUAUUCGUUUUCAUUUCAUUUUGGUAGAGGCUGCGGAGGAUGUUUGAUGGGCUG